AUGGAGAAGAUGGACGGCGUCGAGUGCCUGGAAAAGAUACGGAAAGGGUUUAAACCUUUGGAAAACAUCCCACUACCGUUUACAGAGAUGAGCAAGAUUAGAGAGCAUCUGGGAGGCUUUAAUAUAACAGUCAGAGAGAUCAGACCAUCGCUCUCUGCAAAGGACUGGACAGCGGCAUUUGAUCUAAUGAUAAAGGAUUACAUCAAGGAUGUGAAAUCGAUCACAGCCAAGAACCCAGCUGAGAAAUGUGUACCCAGGUGCGGGAUACAGAAAGCGGCACGGGUGUUUCGGUGUGAUGAGUGCACAGUGCAGGACUGCAAUGCGGCUGUAGAGUGUCCCCUGGAGGACAUCUAUGCGAAGGAGCGCGAACAGACCAACAUUUUGUGCGUUCCACCUUUCACCCUCCCCAGCACAAUAACGGUAACAUGGAUGCUGGCCCGGAACCUCAGGGUGGCGGACAUCAGUUAUUGUAAAACCAUAUAUACGGGGGAAGAUCUGCACAUCCUGAUUAAUCCCACUCGUAAAUACCACGAGGGAACGUACGCCUGUCAGGUUAGGGAUGCGGACGACGAUGUGAUAGCUCAGAUGUUUUAUUUCCUGAAUGUCACCCGGAGUAAAGCAAUCGAAUACUCCGAGCUGCAGGACGCUUUCAACGAAGUCGUGAAUGCAGAAGUCAGUCCAGAGGAGGAGCCGGAGCCACCGCCAGAACGCACCAGUAUUGAGGAUAUGAUCAAGCAUAAGAUACUAACAAGCACCAAAUUCUGCGUCAUCCUCACAAUCCCCUUGGCACUAGUAGUCAUGGUGCAGACUAUACUGUUUGUACAUCUGUGCUCUCAUGCAACGAACGUCGGGGUUUCAGAUUACGUGUGA